UUAUUACUACUUGGUAUUCCUUAAAAAAUGGAUAUGAAGGCCUGAAACAGGAAGUCAAGGUAGCCCGGCGAGAAACAAGGUUAUCGAGCUUUAUUCACUCUCUGGCCAGACAGAUGAUUCUGAGGUACUGUCACUGUGCUCAAGCUAAUUUAUGAAAUCCCCAUAACUGUUGUUUCUCAUCCAGAGGCAACUUGAUGCUGUUUUUUGACUUGUAAAAUUUGAUAAUAUGAGAUGCAAAAGGCUCAAACCCACUUUCGCUGAUCUGCCGGAAGAGGUUGUAGGAGACAUCCUCUCGCGUCUCUCCGUCCGGCAUCUUCUGCGAUUGAAGAGCGUCUGCAAAUGCUGGCGCGAUUUGAUUUCCAGCCGCUGGUUUGCUUCAAUGCAACUGACCCGGUCUAUUUCUGACCCGACAAGCCACUAUCUUCUCCUUUUGAACCAAAAAUUCCCUUUUAACAUUUUCUGUACUAUCCGAAAUCCUAACAUCCUGGUUAAAGUUGACGAGUUCAAGAAAUUGGGGGCUUUUGUCGUGGGUUCCAUUAAUGGGCUAGUUUGUAUUGCUUGUUUGGGACUAGGUAGGUCUUGUUUCCUAUGGAAUCCUUCAAUUAGACAACACAGGAGCCUCCCGAAGAGUUCUGUAUAUGCUGGAGACAAGAAACGGGUCCAAGUAACUUUUGGGUUCGGUCACGAACCUCAUUCUAAUGAUUAUAAGGUUGUAAGGGUACUAAACUCUAGUGCUGAUAUUGAAGUGGCAUCUACUAGGGUAGAGGUAUACUCGCUCAAUUCCGAUUCUUGGAAAGAAGUCAAGAUUGAUUUCCCUUUGAAUAAUAUAACGACCAGGACAAGCUGUGAUGUCGCACUCUCUGGAUUUACUUAUUGGCUUGUUAAAAAGGGUAACGGAAACGAGAAACCUUUUGUAGCAUCAUUUGACUUGCGUAGGGAGGUAUUUCGACGAAUUGCAGUCCCUAAUGUUGUGACUCUAGAAUCAGAGCAUUAUAGUGCCAUAAACUUUAGAGGCCGUCUCGGAUUACUAGUUUACGGCGUGCAGUUUGAACCCAACAAAUGCCUACAGUUAUGGAUUCUGGAAGGUGAAAGAAGUGGAGCGGGUAUUUGGAUCAAAACUUCCACAUUUAUGAUGGAUUUUCUAAUUUCACAUCAUUGGGGAUUGCCAAAUGGUCACAUAGUAGUGCAGAAUACUCCAAAUGUGCCGUUCUUGUAUGACCCGCAAAGAAAAGAAAGGAAGGUUAUUGGGAUUAAACAGUUGGAUGGCGUUAUAUAUUACGUGGAGAGCCUCAUCUCAAUCAAGAAGUUAAGACGUUCUAGGAAAUGUGGGACUAAGAAGCUAAAUUAGCUCUCAUUUACCUUCUCCGAACACCGUGUAUAAUUUUAGUCUGUUGUUACAUAUGCUUUGAAUAGCCCCCCUCUAGAUUUUGUGUGGGACAACUAAUGUUAUUAUUAUUGUAUGUAUCUCAAGAGAUUUAAUCAAUAUAAAUGAUUGCCCUCUUGGAAUAUCAAGAUAUAGUGUUGCCCCCAUUAAUAAUAUUAAGUGUGUGUGCAUGUAUGUGUAUCCAUACUUUUUCGCUAUCAAAUAAUGAUUGCUCGAGUUUACUGA